CUAUUAAUCUCUGGCCAAGAUGACGAAGACCCGUCAAAUAAAUCGCCAAAUCUCGAUAUCGUUCACGUUACUGAAACGCGUGGGGGAGUCAAUGCACUCCAUUUAGAAAGUAUUAUCCGUGACCAUAAAACGGGACGGAGGGUAAUGCUAUCCUCAUGCGAUGUUUCUUGCCUGCUUCUUGGUAAUCUCAGUCGAGAAUCUAACCCAUAACUAUGCGCUAUGCCUGCUUGAUGAUUUGAAUACUAUUGAGCAAAAGGAUAAGGCAUGUAGAAAGUCGAAUCGGAAACAUGCUAUAGUGUUUAUAGCCUAUGAUCUCGGGGCUUCGAUUGUCAAAACAGCUAUCUCGAUCGCCACAGAAACCGAAUAUAAAUGGCGCGACAUCUUCAUGAACUCAGCGAUACCACGUCCCCUUCUUCUUAACGCCAAAGCAAAUCCCAAUCUAGAUCCUAGAUUUGGUAGGCUUAUCCGUCGAGCAAGACUGCGAAAAGAAACCAAGGUCGUUAAAAAGUUAAUCGAACGGAAAGCGAAUGUUCACCUCACAGACGUAUCUGGGCCGAGUCCGCAGUGCAUUUUUGCUAUCGAUAACCACGACGCCGGGUUAGUGAAGCUUCUCCUGGAUGUCGGCGCUAGCGUCGAUGAUACUAUAAAGAAUUGUGGCAGAGGUGUUACUCACAUUGUCAUUACCCCUACCCCGGACAUUAUUGGGACUAUUCUCAAGUACUGCACAAUCAGACGCGAUAAUUGUGGCCAAACACCGCUCAUGGCCGCCAGAACUAAAGCGAUCCUGGACCGUUUUAGAAUCUCGCUAGAGGAGGGCGCCGACGUAAAUGCGCAAGACGACGAAGGAGCCACGCCGUUGAUCACUGCCAUUAGAAACAACAUGUCAUCCAAGCUCAUCGACUUGUACCUUUCCCAGCCUAACAUUAACCUCAAUCUCUACUCUAAGACGUUGGGCAGCGCACUACACACAGCUUGCCAUAUGCUUCAUUUUAAAACAAUCAAGAAGCUGAUUUACCAUGGUUCCGAUGUCAACCAGGAGCUUCCCAUAUUCAGAUCCACGCCCCUCUUAGCUGUUUGUAUUCCAAAUGAGGAAAGAUGCAAAGAGAAUUUGGGUCUUAUAGAUAGAAUCGUAGGUACACUAGUCCAGGCGGGGGCCAACGUCAACGCGACCAUCAGGAUGCCCGGCGUCACGUUUCAAAACGUGUUCUCCGUAGCCGCGUUUUAUGCCUGGCCGGGCACAAUCUACGCCCUUCGAGGAGAGGGCGCGUCUGCCGAAGCGAGAGACUCGCUAGGGAGGCAAGCGAUUCACUUCGGCGCGGCGAAUGGGUUAGAGAACCUACGCAUGCUACGCUACUUUCUACGCGAACCCGAGAGGAGGUUGACGGGCAGCGACAACUUCGAGAAGAACUGCUUACACUGGGCUGCGCAGUUCGGACGUGCCGAUGCCUUAGAGCUGAUCCUGUCACGUUUAGAACGGCAUGAGCGAUUCAAAUACUCAAACGCCCCGGACGUGGAUGGCUGGACGCCCAUGUGCUGGGCGAUGAGGGCCAUCAUAGACCCAACAGUUCGGAAUACAAUAGGAAGUGAGCCUAUAGAUUACGGAGGAACGGUGCGAUGCCUUCUCGAAUACGGGGCAAGGCGAGAUAUCCAAUGCAAGAUGGGCAAGGGGCAGAAUGCCGAGACUUUCACGCUACUUGAGCUGGCCCGUCUACACAACGCCAGCUCUGAUCUCAUUUCACUCGUCAAAAAUGGGGUUGGGUACGGGGAGAAAUACAUCCCCAAAGACGACAACCUAGAUAAGAAAACCUACUGCUGCCAUCCUAUAUUUUGUGGUAUAUGCUUCUCUGUAAGUUAUGAUUCCAAAUAUACCAUAAAUACUGAAAUCCAAGAUCAGGCUCACUGGUUAUCAAAACUGGUCUUUAGUACCCCCUAUAGCGUCUUUUCGUAUGUCUUCCUUGACUGACACGUAAGCACUUAUUUAGCAAAUCUACGGAAAGGUAUACGUAUGUAACAUCUGCCACGAUUUCUACGCCUGUAAGAAGUGCUAUGGUCGGAUCGACGAGUACCAUGCGAUACCUACCAUUGACGAUACGGAGACGCACGUCUUCAACGUCCACCCCGACUACAAAGAAUUUCACGAACCACCAUCACCACCAGCAGCCUCAGCGGACAACAAAGCUAAACGAGGCCUUGAAACAGGAGCCAUGGAUGUUAGUCAUAGGCUGGCUGAUAGUAACAGCAAUAAGUCUGCGGUUGAAGUGGAGGACAAUUCUCAUGUUAUUAAUAAGGAUGGAGAGAUGGGUGAUGGUUAAGAUUCUGGAUAAGGCGUCCAGAACAAAUGAGACUUUCAGUACCUAAUGUAUAGCUCGAGCUUCCAUAGUCGCCUAGGCUUAGGGUUCCUUGCGGGACGACGAAGUUGUUUCAAUGCUUCUGUCAGAUUGAACCCCUGAUUAGUGUCAUAGAUAAAAAGUAAAUGUCAGGAUAGAUAAAUUAAACUAUUAACACCUGCCG